UUGGCAACGAAGCUGUGUGAAUAGUUUUAGUCUUCAUAGGAUGGUUAUUUCUCAGGGCCAUGGUGGCGACAAGAACAGCAGGGCCCCGGAGCGCCCUGCCCAGAGGCAGCAGCGGAGAGUAGGCGGCCGCUCGCCUGGGCACUUCCACCGACGCCAAUCGAAACAAUCAACAGGGUUUGGGAUAGGGAUGACAAUGGCGCCAACAGCAAGCACAAUGUCAGGCCUGUCCACGCCAAGCCGGCAUCAAACACCGGGCCGGCAAUCCACAGGCUCCGGAUCGGUGUCAGGUCGCUCUAGGUCGGGCAGCAUCGGGGGAUCCAGCAGCAGCCACGGCGGCGGCGGCGGCGGCGGCGGCGGCGGCGGUUCACACGAGGAGGGAGGAGUGAGGGUGGUAGUACGGGUGCGACCGCUAGGCGAGGAGGAAGAUGCAAAGGGGGGCGAAAGGACCAUGAGGUGUUGCAACCCAAAGGCGCUUGAGUUCACGAGUACACCGGCACUUGCAGCUUCUGCCCCCGCGGCGGCGACGGCGGCGGGUGGCGGGGCGGGCAGUGGAAGCGAAGGGGCAGGAGGGGGAGGGGUGGUAGGAGAGGGGAGCCGCCAGUAUACCUUCGAUCUGUGUGCUCACGAAGGCUUCAACCAGGAAGAGAUGUUCCAAUCCUGUGGACUCAUGCCGCUACUGAGCGCGGCUAUCAACGGAUAUGCAGGAACAGUCUUCGCGUACGGGGCGACAGGUGCAGGCAAGACCUACACUAUGUCGGGCCGCGAGCAGGUUCUCGGACCCAGCCGGGGCCCCGGCGGUCGCGUUCGACCCGGAAAUAAUCGGGGAAAGGCUCCACCGCCUGCCGCCCCCGGCCGCGCCGCUCCCGCCGCCGGCGUUAGCGACGGAACCGAGGGCCUGGUUCCGAGAUCGAUGCGGUUCCUUUUCCAGCAGGUGUCUGCGCUGCCGCCCGCGGUGACGAUGAGAAUACGCGCGUCCUUCUACGAGAUCUACAACGAGGUCGUGUACGACCUCCUCACCAAGGGCGAUCGCCGCCCCCUUCAGGUGCGAUACGACGUGAGGCGUGGGUUCUUCGUCCAGGGACUGUUCGAGGUGGAGAUACGCGGGCUCCACGACAUCAUGGCCGUGGUGGACGAGGGCAACGGCAACCGCCGGGUGUCCUCACACCUCCUCAACAAGGACUCCAGCCGGAGCCACUCGCUCCUGACCGUGUACCUCGACAGCGAGCGGAAGGACCCAGAGGACGGGCACCUGGUCAAGCAGUUCGGGAAUAAUCGCGUGUCGUUCGUGGACCUGGCCGGGAGCGAGCGGCUUAAGAAGUCCAAGGCCACCAACGAGAAGGAGACGGGGGCGAUCAACAAGUCGCUCAUGACCCUGGGGAAGGUCAUCUCCGCCCUCUCGAAGCGGAGCGCGAUGGCGGCGGCCGCGCCGGCGCACACGUCGGUCUUGUUGGAGGCCGCCGCCGCCGCCGCCGGCAUGGCCGGCGUCAUCGACAACCUGACUCUCCCGGCGACCGCAACCGCCGCCGACAGCGGCGCAAACAGCAGGGGCGCCUCGGCCGCGAACAAGAGCGGCGGCGGUGGCACCGGAGCGGGCACGUCGGCGGUCGUGGUGGACCAAUCGGCGCCGGCGGGGGUCUCGGACAUCUGGGUCCCGUACCGCGACUCAACGCUGACCAAGCUCCUGAUGGACAGCCUCGGCGGCAACGGGCUCACGCUCAUGGUCGCGUGCGUGUCCCCAUCUGUGAGGCACGCCGAGGAAUCCGCGGCCACGCUGAACUACGCGGCGCGCGCGAGGAACAUCCGGAACCGGCCGCUGGUCCGGGUGGACGCCAGGGAGAGGCUCAUCAACGGCUUGCGCCGGGAGGUUAACCUGCUCCGCGAAGAGAACGAGCUGCUGAGGAGAAACCAACUCCAGCGACAGCAGCAGCAGCGGCAGCUGCAGCAGCAGGACGAGCCGUUGCUUGGACUGUAUUCCGGGGGGGCAGGCGAGACGCUUGGAGUGUUCUCUGGUGACAACGGCGGCGGCGGAGGUGGCGGGCUGUUCGCGCCAGAUGCUUUUUCACAAAACGGUUUAGAGCUGGCGGCAGAGGGAGGAAGCCUUGACGGAGGCGGCGGGGGCGGGGGAGCGGCGGUCCCUGAGGAUAGAAGCCUGGCACAGAAGCAAGAGCCAGCGACUGCACAGAUCGGUCAGGCCAGUCGGGACGUGGCCCUUCUCCUACGAAAGUACGAGGAGGAGUGCCACCGUCUCAGAAACGAGGCGGCCUACGCGCAGCACAAGGAGCAGGAGAUCGGCAAGCAGACCCGCCAGGCGCUGGUGGAGAACGACGCGCUUUCGCGCACGGUCGAACGGUUGCAAAGAAGCUUCAGCGGCGCUGGAAAGGCAAGCUAG